UCAAACUGUUUGAUACAGCUACUACAGUUGGGAGGCUUGCUGCCAGCAAUGUCUGCUUCUGUAUCCGAUGAAACGGAAUUAAUUGAGAAACACGAGGAAAUUAUAGGAAGGAGAGCAGAGCUGCUGGAGCAGAUGGAGAGUCGCAGAGAGCAGCUGAAGAUCCAGAGGAGGCAGCAGGCCAAGGAGUCUGAGGCUGCUCGCCACAGAAACAGCACACUGCUGCAGGAUUUACAGAAGAUAGAGGAUCGUCUCAGAGGCAGACCGCUGCCACGCCCAGCUCUCCUGGCUAUGGAGACACAGUAUUGGGCUUCUGUGGAAGAGUCUAUCCCAGCCUGGGAGCACUUCCUCCUGGGGAAAGGCCCACACCCUACUCAUGGUCUAGGACAUCUACCCAGGAGAGGCCAACAGAAAGCUGGCACUGCUAAACACCAGGGCCUGCCUCCUCGGCCCAAACCCAGGACUGCUAGAUAGGUGAUGGUGCCAUUGUAGCCUGAAAAAUAUCUUCGAAGGUCACAUGAUGCAGACGCACAUCCGAACCAGGUCGAAGGCUUUGAUGAACAAGCAGGAAUGGAAAUGGAUUCAGUGAUGCCAACAUUUAAACGUUGUUAAACGGACUCAUGGAGAAGAGAGUGGAGGAGAGCAGUAAAGCAUGGAGAGAGAUGUAGAGUGCAUACGGACUCACUGACAGAGGUGACACUAUACUAAGUGUUAAUAGUAUAUUGUGUUUGCUGUAAUUCUGUGUCUGAACCACACUAUAGGCAGAUCACUUUAGUUUAGUUCAUUUAUUUGUAUCUCUCUUCUUAGUUUUCUCCACUGAAUAUGUUUUAAACUGAAGCUCACGACUUUCCAUAUAUGUUGUUCCAAGUAAUGACAUGGUAUUUGUAUUGAAACCUUUAGUGACACUAGUGUUGGGAGCAGAACAAUCUCACACUGUGUGCAUCCCUUUUUAUGUUUCUUUUCGUGUUUGCAGUGUUGUUUUAAAACCACUAGAGGGAGCCAGAGCUAUACUUUAUAAUAAAUAAAAAGCUAAACCUUU